AUGGAACCGCCGGAAGUAAACGCCACAACUGAGUCGCCGGAGAAGAUAAUUCUCCGCUGGGACUCUAUGGCGGCGGAGGAAGCCCGUGAAAAAAUGAUCUUUGAUAGCGACCGUCACGAGAUCGACCUAUACCUCCACGCCGUGGACGAGCUGCAGAAGUCCAUGAACUCUACCACCCUCUCUGAUUCGAACUCCUCCGCCCUUCAUAUGGCCAUGGCUCGGCUUGAAGACGAGUUUCGCAACAUCCUUAUUUCACAUACUUAUCCUAUUGAAACUGAAUCAUUCUCCGAGUUCAGUAAUUCGUCCACGCAUCAUUCUAUAGGUUCUACUUCGGAUAGCAGUGAGUUGAUUAGCUCGAACUCGGAGGAAGUAGAAUUUAAGUACGAUAUUGAAGGAAGCCUGGUCAAACAAUUGGAGCAUCUAGAGAGCAAUAGCAGCAGUACAAGCUCUUGUUACAAGUCUACGAGUAGUAUUCGGGAGGUGGAUCUCGUACCUAAUGAAGCAAUCUACGAUCUACGGUGUAUAGCGGAGCGUAUGAUUGCUGCCGGGUACUUGAUGGAGUGUAUUCAGGUGUAUGGCAGCGUAAGGAAGUCAGUGGUGGACGCGAACUUCAAGAAGCUGGGGAUCGAGGAUAUUCAGAGGCUCGAGUGGGCGAUUCUGGAGACGAAGAUCCGGAAGUGGAUUCGAGCUUCGAAAAUCUGUGUUCGGGUUCUUUUCGCGAGUGAGAAGAUGCUGUGCAAGCAAAUAUUUGAAGGUUUGUGUACUUCUACUGAUGAUGCUUGUUUUAUGGAGACCAUUAAAGGUCCUGCAGUUCAAUUGUUUACUUUUGCAGAAGCAAUUAGUAAUACUAAAAGAUCGCCUGAGAAAUUGUUUAAGAUGUUGGAUCUUUAUGAUGCUUUAUCUGAUUUAUUGCCUGAUAUUGAGGCUGUUUUUGAGUCGAAAUCUACUGAAUCUAUUAGGGUCGAGGCGGCAGAGAUAUUGUCUAGGUUGGCCGAGGCCUCGAGAAGGAUACUGUUGGAAUUUGAGAAUAGAAUUCUUCAGGAACCAUCAAGAGGUCAGGUUCCAGGAGGGACUCUUCAUCCCUUGACUAGAUAUGUAAUGAAUUAUAUUAGUUUGAUACCGGAUUAUAAGCAAACUUUGCAUGAAUUGAUUGUAUCGAAGCCCUUGACCGGGUGGAGAUACUCGGAUGAUCUGAAUAUGCCAGAUAUGGAUUUCUUGGAGUUCGAGGGAGAGAUAACCCCAUUAUCUCUUCAUUUGAUUUGGAUAAUUGUGAUUUUGCAGUUUAAUUUGGAGGACAAAUCUAAGCAUUAUAAGGAUGCAUCCUUGUCACAUUUGUUUAUCAUGAAUAAUGUGCAUUAUAUUGUUCAAAAGAUAAAAGGGUCACCUGAGUUGAGGGAGAUGAUUGGGGAUGAAUAUUUGAAAAAGUUAACAGGGAAAUAUCGGCUGGCUGCAACUAGUUACCAGCGAUCGACCUUGGUGAAUGUAUUGUAUUGCUUGAGAGAUGAAGGAUUGCAUGUGAGAGGGAGUUCUUCAUCUGGUGUGUCCAAGAGUGCUUUGAGAGAAAGGUUUAAGGCUUUCAAUGCUAUGUUUGAGGAGGUUCACAAGACCCAAGCAACUUGGUUGGUACCCAACCCUCAGCUGCGUGAGGAGCUUAGGAUUUCCAUAUCCGAUAAGGUUAUUCCGGCUUAUAGAUCUUUUCUUGGACGGUACAAAAGCCAUGUUGAGAGUGGAAGGCACCCAGAGAUUUACAUCAAGUACUCGGUUGAGGACCUUGAGAAUGCAGUCUUGGAUUUCUUUGACAGACACCCGGUGUCCCUUCAACAAAAGAGGAGAUCUCAGUAA